AUGUCAACAACUUCUUUUCCCAAACCAGCCGUGACAGAGUUGUUUCUUCAAAUGUUUUCCCUUCGCGCGCUCAUUCCACAGGCGUUCUCUCCAAUUAUACAGGAAAUAGAAAAUGCGACAAGAUGUUCUGUUGAAAAUGUUCAAAGUGAUUUUUAUGCCACAGGAUCUUUAAUUUAUAACUUUUGCAUAUCAUUAGCAACACUUGCAGACUUAGCUAGAGACGAUCAAUACGUCAAAACCACUUUAUUAGAUUCUUUGACCCGUCACAGGGUGUCGUAUGUCCAACCGCCUCAAAACAAAACCACACUGUUUAUCACUUUUUAUGAAGCUUUUAAUGGAUGUGAGAAGACCAUCAAUAUUCAAGGUGUUGAGUACACAUUUAUAAUUCCUAAAUAUAGUAUCAACGGAGUAAUUCUUCAAAUUCAAAACCAAACGGUAGAAGUUGAGGUAUUGCCCGAUUCGACAUAUACGGUGUUUGAUAAUGGAGUCUUUGUAUCCACUGACUUAAGUCAACAUUUACAAAUGUUUUCAAUAACAUUACCCGAUGAGACUGCACAUAAAAUAGCACGAAGUUAUAUCGAACAACUUGGAUCUGUUGAAAUAGAAGGGUAUCCGUUUAAAAUUCACGUUGUUGCGUUAAACCCUAAUGAAUUACAUAAAGCAGCUUUUGAUGGUAAAAUAGAACAACUUACAGGAAAGACAGUAGUGUUCAGAAAAUGGGAUUUGACAUUGUUAAAGGCGCCCUCCUUUUUGAGGAGAGAAGUCUCAAAACAAAUACUUAUGACGUUCAACGUGCAAAAAACAAAUCACAUCGAAUCCUUUGAAAUUAAUGAAGAGAACAUGGACGUUGCAUUGAAAUUUGCGGAUCACACGAGUGCAGUUACGCUCUCGCACGCAUUAAAAUACCCAAAUCAAACAUUUGUGAUACCUCAGGCAGACAAAACGAUCUUUAUCUCAACACUGACACCUCAUCGCGUCACACGAUAUGACAUUAAAGUGCCUUUGCCGAUCAUGUGCGAAGGAGGGGUUGUUGACGUCGACAAACUCGGGAUCAAGUUGAAAGUCCCGAAGAGAACAAAGCCAGGGAGUACAUUAAUUCAUAAGAAAGACAAUGACAUUUUUGUGAUUCAAGUCGACGAGAUGCAAAGUGGGUUUUUCAUCAAAGGGGAAGAUGUCUUGACAAGUGUGGAGUUACCUGAAAGUUCUAAAGAAACAAAUUUUGAAGUGAAGGUGGUGACGUUAAAUGGAAAGUUAGUGAAUGUCCAUGGAAAUUUAACUAAAGUCCUUCGAAUAGUUGGAGGUGGAAUUCCUUUGGAAAAUGGAUAUGGGGACCUUGUGAUCACUUUCACACCAAAAGGACAAAUUUUGAGAGAAAAAGAGUACUACCAAAUUGCUAAAUACGUGACAAAAAUCUCCAUCUGUAACAAAGAAUUUGUACAAAAAGAAAAACAAUUUGUGGACGGAAGUGUUAUCCCCAAGAUUUAUAGAAUACCAAAAAACUUAAACGCUAACGCGAAGAAAAGAAAUUAUUUUGUGAGGUUCCCGGGUGAUGGCGAUGUGAGGGACGGCUUUGUCACAGACUUGGUGUUCGAAGUCGUACCAAGAGAUUGA